AUGAAACCUGGCGGGAGACAGCUUCUAGGUUUGGUCUUGGCCAUUUUCGGAGUCCUGGGGAGCAUCAUAAGCUGUGCUCUCCCCACAUGGAGAUCCCCUGAGUGGAGGAAAUCAGAGGGUUUGUGGAAGUCCUGUAACUUUGAUUAUAGUUACUAUCCACGACCAACAACAGAGUGCAAAUCUUAUGAUUCUCUGCUGGCCUUACCUCAAGACCUGCAGGCUGCCAGAGUGCUCAUCGUCUUCGCCAUCAUUGUCGGGAUCUUUGGAGUCAUAGUUGGUGUUGUCGGGGGCAACUGCACCAACUUGGUGUCAAAUAAGAGGAAAAAUAGCAAAGUGGCUAUAGCUUCUGGAAUUAUCUUCAUCAUAUCAGGUGUCCUGGUGAUCAUUCCAAUCUGCUGGAGCACCAUCACAACUCUCACCAUGGCGAAAACGUCUUACUACGGACCUCCAUUGAUGGGAGCCUCACUCUACAUCGGCUGGGCAUCUGCAGGGCUGCUGUUACUGGGAGGAAGCCUCCUCUGCUUCUUUUGUUCACGCAGUAAUGAGAAUGAAUACUCCAAACCUAGCUCUGUGUAAAAAUAUAUAAAUACUUCUAUAAACUAAAUAAAUUUAAAUGUAUACAGUCUCUAGGGAUCAAGAGAAAUGUUUUAGAAAAGCUUUACUGUAUUUUUCUUGACUGAGUAAAAAAAUAAAGCAUGGAAUGUGACCAAAACAGGCAAAAAUGUUUGCAGUGUAAUUGUGUAAAACAAAUAUUUCUUUUAGUCUCUUUUUAUAUUAUAUCAUAGGUAUAGAAACAGGGGUUUUUCUAGGUAGUCUUCUUCAUUUCAACUUUCAAAAAAGUCUGACAGGGAAACCAAUGUUUUAAGUGUAGGUCAGGUCUGUGAUUACUCUUUCAUCACUGAACUGCUGUCACUGAUUUGUAUCCACGGUGUGAAUAGUGUCCUCAUUUUUCUUUUC